UUGUUUAAUCGAUUUAAUGUAAAAUUUUCGUAGUAUUAAACUAACACUUUUUUAUUAUUUUAUUCAGCUAUUCCACUAAUUAUUAAAGAUAGAAAGACUUUCAUACAAAGUGAAAUAGAAAGACAUACAUACGUGUGUUAAAAAAUAGCAUAACAAUAAGUUUGUGUUAAUUAUACUAACAAUGCCGAUUGUAAUGACGAAAGACGAAUGGUCGAGAAUUGAACGGUGGGCGGAAGGGAACAGAGAAGAACAAGAGGUAGCCCGCAGACGAGAUUACGUCCGGUACCUCAACGAGACCAGCCAGGAGAUGACCAAGAACUGGCCUAAUUCUUUGGAGAAUGUAAACAAACGUAACGAAGAGCUCCGGCGAGCACGCAUCGAAGCCGCCGAGCGGGCUAAUAGCAAGUUCUACAAGCGAUACGUGAAGCGAAAACAGGAAGAGCAAGAACGACUAUUGCACAACGCGAGAGACACCAUUUUUAAGAAUAAAGAUGCACCUAAACUGCUGUUGGGUGCUGUUAUUGAAACGGUUAUCCAAAAAGAACGCCAAGAGCAAAUCAAGUUUAAGCAGGAAAUCCAGAAGCAGAAACAGGAACAAAAGAAAAGAGAUGACGACGAAAUAAUCAGUAAAGCAAAAGAGUGGCACGAACUGAUGGCGCUACGCAGCAAGCGGCGAUUCGAUGCGAACAAACAGCACCAGAAGGAAAUACUAGACCAAGCUCAUGAAGUGUCAGAACGCAAUCGCAUAGAGUACGAGUCGGAGUUGAACUUACAAAAGAUCGACAACAUGAAGGCGGAGGAACAGAUGGAUGCUAUCAGACAGUUCGAAAUGGAUUUCAAAGCAGCAGAAAAAGCUCGCAUCUUGUCUGACAUGCAGCGCUCGAAACAAGAGGCGGAGCAACGGCAGCGCGAGAAACAGGCGCGCGACGAACUCGAUCGGCGCCUGCUCGAAGUGCUCGCCCGCGCGCGCGCGCGCACACACCGCCGGCGCCGCCUCACCGAGCAGCAGAUCCAGGACGAGAGGCAGCAGGUGUUGCAGAAGAUCAGUGAGUCGCUGGAGAGUGGAGACGCGGCACGUGAGGCGGAAGAACAACGGAAACUCGAGGCGGCUGUGAGGGAGAAGGAAGCCGCGGCAGAAGCUCGUCGCGAAGCAGAUAUUCGCAAGCAGAAGCAGUUCAAGCAACAGCGCAUUGAGACCAGACAGCAAUUUUUGAAAGAGCAAGAGAAAUGUCUACAAGAUUUCAACACCAUGCGCCAGUGGGAGAUCAUGAACAGAUUCAAAAACGCUGAAUUGUACGAAGACUUCAAGGAGAAAUUGCGAGUAGAGAAGGCGCUUAAAGUACAGCAGUAUAGAGAGGAUAUUAUUAAGCAAUGGCACGAGCGCGACGAGCGCUCGGCGCACGCGCGCGCGGAGCUGCGGCACUUCUACGGGCCGCGCGCCGAGCACGAGCUGCGCGUGGCGGACCGGCGGCUGCUCGCGCACGCGCGGGCGCUCGCCGACGAGGCGCGCGCGCACGGCCGCCCCGCGCGCCCGCUGCUGCGCGCCCUCGACGUGCGGACUCACUCUGUUACAUACCGCUACUGCAAGAUGUAUCGUCUGUAUGCGAUGCCGGACUUGCCGGCCUCCAUGCAGGAGCACUUCCCGCACUACGAGCCCGAGGAUCGCAGGGAUGGACUGGGACACGGAAAGGCAAGUUCAUCUAAAGAGCUUGGAAAUGAGAAGGGGACAGAGGAUUAUAAGAGGAAUGGUCCAGCUAACGGUUUACAGGCGCGCCAGACAGAGGAGGUGUCGCUGCCGUCGCUGGCGCAGCGCGCCUGAGCGAACGAAUGAAACUACGUCGUAGAAAAUAAUCAUUAUUUUAUUUAUCAUCUCAACUUUAGAACUUUUUGUCUGUUUUCAUUUCGUAUAGAGAGCAAUAUGGCAC